AUGGCUCCUCAACUUUACCAGAGACCCCCUUUCCGCGCGGAGCACUUGGGUUCGCUCCUCCGCCCUCAGCAGCUCUUGGAUGUCAAGAUCGCCCAAGAGGCCGGUAAGGCCUCCGAGGCCGAGCUUGCUGCCGUCGAGGACAAGGAGAUCACCGACAUUGUCAAGACCCAGCUGAAGAUGGGCUACCCGGCUGCUUCGGAUGGUGAAUACCGUCGUCACAUGUUCUGGGGUACCUUCUUCCCCGGUCUGGACGGCUUCGACGAGAUCACCGAGUUCGACGUCGGCAUCUUCCGCUCUUACGCUCCUGAUAUUGCUGCCUUCCUGGAGGCUGGCCACAAGCCCGGCGAGACCGUCAUCUGCACAGGCAAGAUUAAGCACGUUGGUAGCACCUACGUCGACCAGUUCAAAUACCUUGCUAGCCAAGUCCCCGCCGAUCAGGUCAAGAACUUGAAGAUCACCCUCGCUGCCCCCAACUGGUACCACCUGCGUUACGUUGAGGGUAAGGCCUACCCCAAGUCUGUGUACAGCUCCGACGAGGAAUACUUCGCCGACCUAGCGCAAGCCUGGCGCGACGAGAUUUCCGCUCUAUACAAGGCGGGAGCGAGAAAUCUGCAGUGGGAUGACCCUAACCUGGCCUACUUCUGCUCCGAGAAGUUCCUCAAGGGUUUCAAGGAGGACCCCUUGAACAUCCAGACCGCCGACGAGCUGUUCGAUAAGUACAUCAAGCUGUACAACGACUGCCUCAUCGGUCUUCCCGAGGACAUGCACGUCGGUGUCCACCUGUGCCGCGGUAACUUCGUCGGCAGCCGUCACUUCUCCGAGGGUGGCUACGACCGCAUCGCCAUUAAGCUCUUCCAGGAGCUCAACGUCCACACCUACUACCUCGAGUACGACACCGAGCGUGCCGGUGGCUUCGAGCCCCUCAAGCACCUCCCCACCCACAAGAACGUCAUUCUGGGAGUCGUGACCUCCAAGUUUGCCACCAUGGAAGACAAGGAGGAGAUGAAGACCCGUGUCAUCAACGCCGCCAAGAUGAUUGCCGAGGGCAACAACAUCACCCUCGAUGCCGCCUUGAACCAGGUCGGCGUCAGCCCCCAGUGUGGAUUCGCUUCCCACCGUGAGGGUAACGCGAUUGACUGGGAUGGUAUGAUCAACAAGCUUCAGCUCGUCCGUGAUAUCGCCAACGAUAUCUGGCCCGGUCAGCUGUAA